AAAAUGGCGGCUCUUUGGCGUUGAAUUUUGGUGAAAUCUUGAUGUUCUUCCCACUGAUUUUUGUAGUCUGAAGCAAAAAUGUUGCCUUUCGUGAAUUCGAAAAGUUCAUUAGCUAAGUUAGCAGAAUGGAGUCCGUCGGAUUGGCCAGAGUCCUUGCUAGAAAUGAGGGUAAUUCUUGAAAUACCUUCACUCCUAUCACAGGAAUUUUUGCAACAUUCAAGCUUUAAUUUUUCUGUUUAUACGAUAUUUAAUCUCAUUCUUUAGACGAUCGACAAUCUACUUAGAUGUUCUAUUUGCUACGAAUUCUUUGAUGUUGCGUUGAUGAUCCCCGAUUGCUCCCACAACUGUAAGUUAAAUUAUUUAAGGCCCAUUGAUUCAAUUUUUUCUUUUUUUGUUUAAAUUAUAAUUUUUUUUCGGGAAGUACAGGGCUAGUAUUCCUCCUGGGUGUUUCGUUGGGUAAAUCCCUGAGGAAUUUUCCGUGUCUUUUAUAAGUUUCUGGCCAAACAGUGGAGCUGUGCCACGUGAUUAUUUCCAGUGGAUGUUUAUUACACGUACGAUUUUUUACUACGAUGGAAUAUUGUACUUCGGGCCCCGGUUGUUCAAACGUUCGAUAGCGCUAUCCACUGGAUAAAAAUCUAUCUAGUGGAUAAAGUGGAUAGAGUGGUUUUGGUUUGAGUGUCGUAAAACCAAAACCAAAGUAAUUACUCUGGCCAAUCACAUAGGACACAGACAAUACAUUGAACCAAUCAAAACUCGAAGUAAUUACAUGUGGCUGACGCAAAGCGCGGGAAAAUGCAUGCGAGCGCGUCACAAUUGGCUUUGGUUUUACUUCUGAUUGGAUGAAAAGGUGGCGCGAAUCUUUUAAGCCAAUCGCAUCGUGUAGAAAGUGCAAAACCAAUUACUUUUCGACACUCAAAUGAAAACCGCUCUAAUACAAUUGGUUCCCCUAAUACUGAUCCGCUUGAUAGUGAUUUAUCCAGUGGAUAGCGCUAUCCAACUUUUGAACAACUGGGGCCUGUUCUGUUGUCGGAGUCAUGUGAUGGAAGAUCAAAACUUGCAUGAUCAGAUAACAAGUGAUAGAGGGUACAAAAGAAUGUGAUCAGAUUCAGUUUAAAUUAUUUUUAUUUAGCCAAAAUAUAAUACAAUACAGGAAUACAUAUCUGAAUUGUAAAUAGGCAAAGGAGCCCAGAAGAGACCAGAAGGCUUAUGAAGUCUGGGCUCUCCAGUCCCAAAGAAAUAAGUAAAAGGAAAUUCGCGGAGGGAUACGUUGAAAAAAAAAAUUGUGUUCUGGGCAUUCCAUUCAUUCUUAGUGGGAGUCCAAAUGACGGCUUGCAAUCAGGGAUAAAAUUGUUGAGACAUGGUAACUUUGGAGAGCAAAACAGUAUAUACCUGUCCUGCCCAUCCCCCCUCCAUUCAAAGUUGGGGUGUUGUUGUUUUCUACAGGUAGCUCGAACAGCGGCUCAACACAAUUCCAUGGGGGGACUGAGGGGGGGAGGGGGGUACUCCUGGGAAUUCUUGGUGGGGUUGUGGUGCCCGGUUCUCUAAAUCCUGACUCUAUUUCAGACCAAAAAAUGUAACUUCCUAGACCUGUUUUCAGACCAGACCUCUAAAAUCCAUAACCCAUUUUCAGACCUGGCCUUUAGGCAGAAAUUAUGUUAUCAUUACUUAAAUUAGAGCACAAACAAAAAAAUUUGUCAAACCCAUUUCGAAUUCGCAUACUUCUCUUUCUUUCUUACUCAUUUGGAAUUGAAACGAUAAAUACGUUCAUACACUCCUGUAGUUCCCUCAAAAACCAUACCUGAUUCCAAACCAAAAUGGGCAAAGUGUAUACCCGUUUUCAGACCAAAACGAUGCAAAAACCCUACCCGAUGGGGCGGCACAUAUCUAUAUAGCUUGUAUAACUUUAUAGCUUUUUAAGUCAGCAAAAUGUCAUAGAGGGCCUUUAGGGCAAAGGGUCUCAACUAGUUGUCUUGCUGAUUGUAUUUACAUUUGUGCCAAGCAUGCCUAAUAGCAACCUGGAGACUAGAAUAAGUGCAGGCUCCUCUUGACACGCCCAGUUAAUAUUGCAACCUAUUUUUCAGAUUGUUCUCUGUGUAUCAGAAGAUCUCUGAGCUACGAACCACAGUGUCCAACAUGUUCUCUUGUAAGUCAUUGAUUUUCUCUGUUAUAAAUAGCUGGUUAACAAUAAUGUGACAAAUACUAGUCUAAAAGCCAAAUUUUAUUUCAUCUUGUCAUAUAAUGAUCACCCCCAAGUAUAUCUGCUUAACAGUCAAUGCGUACAUAUACAAAGCCUCCAUUUUUGCGGGAAAAAUAUACCAUUGCACAGGCUAAGUAUGGGAGUUGCAUGCUCUGGAUUUUAGCAUCCUACUAAAGAGCAGUAGGGGCCAACUCUAGGUAGGUGUCUUAUAGAGUUUGCCAUGAAGAGAGAGUUGACCAUAAUGAGGGACAAAAGUGUUAGGACACUUCCAUAAAAUGACCCCUUUUUAUAGUGGACAUAUCUAUCCCCUCCCCCCAAAAUUAAUGUUGUAUUUUAGACCCAUGACAGGGGUGGUUCCAGACCUUCAGGUUGGGGAGGGGGGGGGACUGGUCAUCCAGACCCUGAGUUAGAAGGGGGGGGUCUCAAAAAAAAUUUUUUCAGCCCCUCGGGCCUCAAUUUGGUCUACAAAUAAGGGAGGUCCUGGGUCCCCCAUGCCCCUACCCUAGAUCCACCACUGCUUAAGUCUUUCUUUCACUACAAAUAAUGUUGAUUUUUGGGGGGAGGCGGGGUAUUUACAGCAUUUAAACAGAAUGAAAUAUUACAUGAAUGAAAUUGUUGAUAAAAUUGGUAUUUUAGACAAGUGAGUCACUACUUUUGUCCUUGAUUGUAGGUACAUGUAGCUAAUGGACAUUUGGGGAAAUAAACAUACAACAAGCGAAAAGAACAUCUCCCCCGGAGGCUGGUCAAGUGCUAAUUUGCAAGUUUUUUGUUCUCUUUCAGAAAUUGAAUUCUCCAACUUUAAAAAAUAACAGAGUAUUAGAUGAAUUGGUGCAAAACUUCAUAAAAGUCAGGUAUAUUUUGUUUUUUCUGUUAUUUAUAAUAAAAAUUAAAGCAGGUUUCAGGUGGAAAUUUACUUUGAUUUGCUUAAUGUAAUAAUAUUCCUAUAAUUAUGAUCUGUUCCAGGACAAAACUGUUAGAAUUAGUGACGGGUAGCGGUAUAGAAAAAUCUCCAUCAGUGACUGCCGGCACAGUUGCCAAAGAAGGAGAAGAAGUGAAUAAGAAAAGCAAACUAACGAGCACAAAAAGAAGAAAGGUAAAUUUAUCAGAAUAACAAGAAUAAGAGUUUGAAAUCGAGUCUUCCACAUUUUAUUCAACUUUUGACAUGGACCAGUUAGACAAACAUGAAGCUCCGCACAGCUGCAAAAAUUUAUAGACAUUUGUAUGGUGGGGGACAAGUUUAUGCUCCCCACCAUACAAAUAUCUGUAAAGUCUCUUCAUUAGUUUUCAACAAAUCACUAAUUUGAAGGCGCUCUUUCCUGUGGUGUUGAUUUUCCCUAACUUGUCCAUGUCAAAAGUUGAAAAAAAAAGACCGUUGAAAGGUCUUUUUAAGACUGAAAAAAGGAUGGACUGAAAGGAAAUAGAACAAACUUUCUUGGAGCUGGGAGAAAACAGGAUGGGAACAGAAAGAGAGGUAGAACAUACAGGGUGCAAAGAAAGUCAGUUUUACAGCCUGCCAUUCAGGCCAGUUGUAGCUAGAGUGUACUAGCUCGCAAGUCAUUUUAACUAGCCCCAAAACCCUCUUUCACUAGCAGGAUUGAUUACAAUACUUAAUUUGAAUUUCCCCAAAGAACAGCACUUGCCCAUCAGGCAAGUUAAGAAUGAAAAUCACUAGCUCAAUAGCAAAAUCCACUAGCCCCGGGCUAUCGGACACGACUUUCUUUGCAUGCUGACAUAGGAGGAAGGGGAUGGGAAAAGAUGGACUUUGGAAAGUGGAAGAAAAAGAAGUAGAAACUGGGAAAAAGGGGAUGAAAAUUGAAAAAAAAAACAGUAGAAAAACUGGGAGAAAACAGAAGGGAAUUUGGUAGAAAGUGGUAAAAACUUAUGGAAAGGGAUGAGUAAUGUGUGAAUAGAUGAGUGUGGGAGAAAAAAAGGAAUGGAACUGGGAUAAGAAAAGGAGUUUUAAAGGGGGCUCCAAAGCAAGAUUUCUAAUUGUGUACUACAAGAGAAGUGGUUGAUUUGUCAAUGAAUGGAAAUUUAAAUGUUUUUUAUUAUACAUGGCAGGAUCAUGGUAGAUCUCAAAGGAGCUCCAAGUCUUCAAGUCCGGAUACAAAGAGACAAAAACUUGAUGAGGGGAAAGAGAGUAUCUCAAACUCAGAGGAAACUACUGAAAGCAAUCUGAGGACAACAGCAGAGUCUUGCAGUAAAACAAAUACAGAAGUGAUUGUCAUCAAUUCAGAGGAGAGUCGCCAUGAACAAGCUGCCUCUGAGAUGCAGCCAAUGACUGUGGACGAAGAUAUGUUGGAAAAACAGACACCACAGCAACAGGCAGAUUCUGAUGUUGGUAAGUGGUCAACUAUCUGUGUUCUUCAAUGAAAUUUUUCCAGUGAAGAAGUUUGUAGGAAAAAGCCCCAAAUGGCAUGUGCUAAACUGCUAAUUUUUCCUCCUGAAUUGCCUAAUAUUUUCUUGUGAAACUAAAGGAGAAUAUCCUCAAUAUCCACAUACAAAUUCUCCAGACUAAUCUGCUUGAUAAAAGAUGAAAACAACCCCCUAAUUAACAAACAUUUUGGCAAUUCUCAUAACUUUUUCUCUUGUUAUGUAUUGAUAAUUAUUGUUAGGAGUAAGUUGAUGUUGUUCAUGUACAUGUGCUAGCCCUCUUGGGCCAAGUGUUAAACAUAACAUCAAGAGUCACUUAGAUCUUUAUUCCACAUAUCCUUCCUUCUAUAACUGAGGGGGCGUUUACAUGGGAAAACUAGCACCGGCGUGAGUUUCAUACUGCGAUGAAAUUUUUAUUUUGUAUCGUGUUUACACCAUGACUUGGUCAUUUCAUAUCUCGUUAUUUGAAGGUACACUUUAUGUUGAUAAAUACAUGUGUGAUUCAAAAUUGCAAACAUUUCGCAUGCACUACCAGUUCCAGUCUACCAGCAGAUCGAUUUCACACCGAAACGAGCAGUUGUUUCACGUUUACAUGAUACUGUUGCAAGAUUUCGUACCAGAGUGAAAUUCUCACUCCGGUACAACAACCGGGGUGACCUCAUGCCGGAGUGACUCGCGCCAGCAUUAAUGAAACCAACAAUAAUGUUUAUAUCCAUAACAUUAGGUAAUGAAAGAAUACACUCAUAUACUUUGUUGGUUGAACAUAUUUUUAGCUGAAUGCCCAGUUUGUGGUGACAUGGUUCCUCACAAAAGAAUCAACGUACAUCUUGAUACCUGCCUUACUAGAACAGAAAAGAAAAGUUCGCUACGCAGGUUUGUACAAUAAUUUACUUUGUAAGAUUCCUCUUUUAGGGGAGAUUAACGCUCGCACAGUUUGCAUAAAAAGUGGUGUUCAAUAUCCUGGGGCUUUUUUUUUUCGUGAUCGGAGAAGUCAAUUCUAUUCUUAACUUGCCUGACAAGCCAGAUGGAAUUUUGGGGGAAUUCAAAUUAAAAAACUACUGUAAGACAAAUAUUGUUAGAAUUCCUUAUUAAUUCAGCCAGAUCAAAACCUGUUUUUCAAGGUGAAGCUGAUUUGACUAAUGGUUAGAAGUGAAAUAAUUACAUUAAUUGUUACAAUAAAUUAAUAAAGCAAGUAAUUAAUUGACUUAUGGUUUAAUUAACCAAUAAAUGAUAUUGACCAGAAAAUUACUCAACUAGCUUCAAAACAAGACUUAUUUUCGGUGAAAUUCUCAGGAGCAAAUGGGUUAAUAAUAUUAAUUAUUAAUCCUGCUUGUAUUGCAAGUCUUUUCAAAAAGCCACUGGAUCUCUGUGAUUGUAAAAAUGUUUCUAACCUUGCAUUAUAAAAUAAUAAUGAAAAGCAGAAAGACAUCCAAGGAACCCAAGACUAUAUGUAGUACAUCAGCUAAGAGGAAACAUGCAUCACGUGUGGAAUUUAAGGAAUUUGAAGCUGUUUCAAGUGAUGAUGCAUCAUCAAGCUCAUUGGAUCAACAACCUUGUUCAUCAAAGUCCAGGGGUUCAUCCAGUUUGGCAGUAAAAGGCUCAAAUGCACUUAUGUAAGUUUAGUCCCAAGUUUGCUUUCGUUAAUUACAGACAGGAUUUUGUCUAUGGACUAAAAGUUAGCGCUAUCUUGAACAGCAAAAUAAACAGGAAAACACUGCUUUAAUAGUAGCUGUAGCUAUAUAUAGUUUUCAUUCAAAUGGUCACUCUUUAGGAUAAUUUAUUUGUCCACUUACUCAUUCAUCGAGUUUGGCUGUAAAAGGCUCCAAUUCACUUACGUCAGUUUACUCCAAAAUUUUACUAAUACAAGUAAUACAAGUCUUGUAUUACAGACGUAAUACAAGUCUUGUAUUACAGACAGAAUUUUGUCUAUAGACUCAAAGUUAGAGCUACCUUGCACAGUAAAAUAAACAACACCCUAGGAAAAUACUGCUCCGUAGCUUUCAUUUUAAUGAUCACAUUUUACGAUUUCAUCCAUAGACUCAAAAGUAAUGUACAACAUAAUAUUGAAACAGUACCACAGGAAAGUAUACUACUUGGUAGUUUUCGUUUGAAUGGUCACACCUUAGAAUUUUGUCCACGAACUCAAAAGUUAGAAACACCUUGUAAAGCAUAAUAAAUUCUACCAUAGGAAAGUACUACUCAGUAGCUUUCAUUUGAAUGGUCGCACUUCAAGAUUUCAUCCACAGACAGACAUUCAACAAUCAGUUUAGCGUUAUGUCAAGGUUUGGCAAACUGAUGUCUACUGAAACCAUGCUCCGUCUUUAUAAGGCAUUUAUACUUCCUCACUUUUAUUAUUGUUCUAUGGUGUGGCAUUUCUCUAGUAAACAAGAUUCUGAUAAACUGGACCUUUUAAACAAACGUAUUCUUCGAUUUAUUUUCAAGGAUUUUAACUCUGAGUACAAUAAUUUACUUAAAAAGGCAGGAACUGCAAACCUUAAGGACAAGCGUUUACAAAACAUGAUUCUCACUAUUUUUAAAUGUCUUCAUUUUUCUGAUUAUCCAAGAUAUUUAAAAGAUAUGUUUCGUUUACGCUCUAGCACCUAUUUUUUAAGAGGACAUAAUAUGCUCUGUUUGCCCAAACCAUCGACCACUUCUUAUGGUAUCAAUUCCUUUAGUUACUUGGCAGCAACAUCUUGGAAUUCUCUCCCUGACCAUUACCGCACUAUUUCUGAUUUUACUUCUUUUCGACGACUGAUAUCUACUGGGAACAAUAAUUUACUUAAAAGGGCAGGAACUGCAAACCUUUCUACAUCAUGAUAAUUUGCAAGUUAGUUGUCUAGGUAGUUAGUUAUCUUUUUUGCUAUAUAGAAUUAACUUUUUAUUAUAAUUAUUUAUUAAUGUAGUUGGCUCGAAGAUAUUAGCACUUGAGUGCUACACUGUAAAUUCGAGGGUAAAUAAAGUUUAUUGAUUGAUUGAUUGAUUGAUUGACUCAAACGGUAAAGCUACCCUGCACAGCAUAAUAAACAUUAUGUCACGGUAACAGUAACACUUUUGGAUUUCACAUCAAAAUUAAGAACCACCCAGAACAGUUUUUUGAACUUGGAAGGUACUAAGGAUGGGCGUUAACUUUAUUAACUUGCAUUUACAGCCAGACAGUGCAAAAGAGGAAACCUCUUCCAAAGCUAGUUUACAGUGUAAUGCCAGAGAAGGAACUACGACAGAGAUUGAAAGAGUGGAAUUUAUCAACAAAAGGAGAUAAAGCAGUCAGUUUAAACUUUUUUCCACAUCUUUACAGUGUAGACCGUUUUCCUUAACCCUUUAAGCCCCAAGAUCCACAUGCAAAUUCUCCAGACUGAUCUCCAUACAUUUCUUUUAAGAAUAGUUGAGAGAAUUUGGUUUAAGAUCAAAGCAUUCUCCCAUUAGUAAUCAAUUAAGUAAUUCUCAUAACCUUUACUUUUUGAUGAUCUGCUGAUAUUGUUGGGAGAAAUUGAUGUUGGUCACUCUUGGGACCUAAAGGGUUAAUUUAUAAAGUAAAGGCUCACAAGAGCCAGAGGCUCACACAGCUGGAGCUUAUACUAGUUUCCGUGGCAUGAAGCAAGCCUAGGAGUAUUGCUACUCCUUCCUGGAUGAGAUGCUAGUCCAUUGCAGGGUUAUCCUCCCAGCAGCAUGUCGCUGGUACCCAUUUAUAAACCUGAGUGAAGAGAGACAAAGUGGAGUAAAGUUCCUUGUCUAAAGAAACAACGCAACGGGCGAAGCUUGGACUCUGUACCUCCAGAUCCAGAGUUCGCAGUGUUAACCUCUCAGCCACACGUGCCUCCUACUGUUUUUUUCUGCUUUAGGGCUCAGCUCUAGUAGCACCUGUCAGUCUCUGGAGACUUACCAUUGCCUCUGAGUGAUACAGAAAUGCUGGAAGUUUUGGUGGUCAUUUCUGUAGCCUGUAGUCCAGGUGUAUUAUAUGGGCCAGCAAGUGCUCAAUUAUUUCUUGCAGUUUCCAUCUUUGAUUUUGAAAGUAGAUGAAAUUAAUUUGAGGAGAGUAGAAAGUGGGUUGAGAUAAUUUGAAAGGCCAAGUUAGCCCUGCUCCUUGCCAUAUCUCACGAAUGCACCACAUCAUGGACAAAUUCUACUUCUUGUCACACUACCCCCCAGGGUUGUCAGAAAGUUUUGAAGUAGACAGCUGAGUUGUCAAAGUAAGCAGCCAGUCCAAGGAUAUUUUGUUUAAAAAACGCCAUCCAUAAAGAAAUGCCAAACAGAGUAGCUGGCCAUUAUACUAACCAAGUAGGUGGUGAUUUUCGCCGGCAGCCGGCUCCUUUUGACAACCCUGCACUCACUCCCACCCAGGGUUUUCAACAGGAUUUUAAGUAGGUGGCAAAAAGCUUUGGAGUAGGUGGAGAAGUAAAAAAAUCUUGCCGCAAAGGCACAAGUUUCUGGAAAUUUGGGCCUCUUAGAGUGGAUUUCCAGCAUUCUGGAGCAAAAAUUAGUGUUUGAACAGAACACAGACAUUAUUAAAUUUUGGCUUUUUUAUUCAGUGACAGCACAUGUAUACUCUAUUUAAACUGGGGUAAUUUCCAAAGAAAAGUAGGCGGCAAGUUCACGUGAAAUUGUUGGUGAAUUUUGCCGGCCACUGGCCCUUAUUGAUAACCCUGCCCACCCCAAAUAAAAAGGCUAAACUGUAGGCUAGGUUUAUCUUUAAAAGCCUGAAUUGUACUUUUUCCAUUCCAGAGUCUUGUUAAAAGGCAUCAAGAUUUUGUGUUGCUUUAUAAUGCAGAGUGUGAUUCAAUUAAGCCAANUAAAAAACGCCAUCCAUAAAGAAAUGCCAAACAGAGUAGCUGGCCAUUAUACUAACCAAGUAGGUGGUGAUUUUCGCCGGCAGCCGGCUCCUUUUGACAACCCUGCACUCACUCCCACCCAGGGUUUUCAACAGGAUUUUAAGUAGGUGGCAAAAAGCUUUGGAGUAGGUGGAGAAGUAAAAAAAUCUUGCCGCAAAGGCACAAGUUUCUGGAAAUUUGGGCCUCUUAGAGUGGAUUUCCAGCAUUCUGGAGCAAAAAUUAGUGUUUGAACAGAACACAGACAUUAUUAAAUUUUGGCUUUUUUAUUCAGUGACAGCACAUGUAUACUCUAUUUAAACUGGGGUAAUUUCCAAAGAAAAGUAGGCGGCAAGUUCACGUGAAAUUGUUGGUGAAUUUUGCCGGCCACUGGCCCUUAUUGAUAACCCUGCCCACCCCAAAUAAAAAGGCUAAACUGUAGGCUAGGUUUAUCUUUAAAAGCCUGAAUUGUACUUUUUCCAUUCCAGAGUCUUGUUAAAAGGCAUCAAGAUUUUGUGUUGCUUUAUAAUGCAGAGUGUGAUUCAAUUAAGCCAAAGUCAGGUAUGGAUGAUUGUUACAAAAGAUUUUUUGUAAAUAACUAAAUAAUUUGAAUUAUUUUUAAUUUUGUAUGAUGGGCAACAUAACUGAGUAAUUAACAAUUAUUCCUCGAGCUAGAAUGGGCUCUGAGUCAGAGGCCAUGAGGGUGAGAGGAAUAAUUAUUGUUUAAGUAAAACCCAACUAGUUGGUCAAAAAUAUUGAGAAUAAAAAAUUUUAGCUAGUUAAAGCUAGACUGUAAUCCUUAUAUGCCGCCAAAAAGCCCGCACUUUUCGCUACCAGUGGGCUAUAACAUAUAUCCUAGUGGUAGCUCAUCCAAUCAGAACGCAGCAUUGAUAAUAGACCACUAACUGGAUUUUACUAAACAGUGAUAUUUCACCUCUUUUGCAGCUGCUCAAAUUGCCAAAGAAGUUGAAAAAGCGGAGAGAAUAAGGGCUAAAGAGGCCUCCUCCCUCAAUGAACCUUCAACAUCAACUGUAUGUACCCAGGUACAUGCAGUAGUAUCUGAAUUGGGCAAACUUUCCUCACUGUAGUCAUAAAUAUUCGUUAUUGGCAGAGUUUGAUACAGUCUUGAAUUCCUAAAAAAGUAUUCAAUUUCUAGGCCUGGAAAAAGUUUGGAAAAUAGAGAUUAAGUCUUGAAAAAAUGGUAAAAAGUCUUUUACUUUUACUUUUUUAUAGUUACAACAAGUGCUUUACAAGACAAAUUUUUUUGUGCUGAUCAAAUCUUAUUCAAUCUCGCCUGUACAUUUGCAGCACAUCACGGAAAAAGCUUUGUUCCAUCAUAUUUUUUACGGUCUCUAUUGAUCACUUAUUUGAUAACUUUGAGUUUUUGGAAAAACUCUGGAAAAAGUCUCGAAUUUGUAUCCCAAAAUGUGUAUGAACCCUGUAUUUGUAAAAGCUGAAGCAUUUUUGAAGCAACAAUUAAAAAUUUCUUUUAAUCAUAAUUUUUUUUACUUUGGGAUUUUUACCAAGUAGGGUGCAACACGCUUAGCUUUGUCUGUGAUGCAGUAAUAAUUUGCCAAAGAAGUGAAAGAGCUCAAAAAUGGAGUAGGUCAAGUAGAGCUACUACAUGGUUCCAGUAAUCAACUCCAGUAUAAAUUUGUUUCAACAGGGUCUUCGUUUUGAGAAAAACCAGACUGAAGAUGAUAUGGAUAAAGUGCGUCAAAAAUACUGUGAGUUGGCAUCACGAGAACUCUCAAGCUCUUGACUUGAGCAUGGGGUUUGGGGAAGGGAGAUGGAAAUGUCCCUACAACUCCCCCCUCCUCCCCAUAUCCAUCGAUAUGUCAACUGACCCUUGGCCUCCAUCGGUUGACACCCCCUAUAAGACACUAGAUCUGUCAGCACUAGGUAACUGGGCCGUGUACUAGAGUAUUAUUGUGAGGUGAUUAAGGAAGGAUACACUUCUUAAAGUUCUCUUGUUGGGUAGCAAACAGAAAGCUAGCUUGUAGAAAGACAACACAAAACCCUGCCUAAACAAUAAUGUAAUGCAAGGACUUGCCCUCUUGUAAUAAAUUUAUUACUAUUGCUUUAUCUUCCAGUGAAAGAACAUGAGCGUGAAUUUGACAAGUUAAUCAGUGAUGUAAAAAAUAGGCAACGAGGCAAGAGAAAGAAAACUGCCAAAGAAAUUCCAGGUUAGUAGGGACAUGCGAAGAGAAAAUACUUGUUUUUCCUUUGUGUUAUUGGAGAAAGCUAGAAUCUUAAGGUUAUUUAUUUAAAUCUUCUUGUAAAUAAAUCACCAUAGUUGGAAGUUUCUAUUUUUUUUCCUCAGGUAGUGAAAGCCUGUCAGUUUUGAAAAAGUGUGAACGUGGUGAAAAAUCAGCAAAAGAUGAAAAUGAUGAGAGUUGUAUCACAAAGCAUGAUGACAUUGAUGCAGAGAAGACAAUUGCAAAUCUUGAAAAAGGCCCCUCAAGUUUUAUGGCAAAUAAUAAAGAUUCCUCAACGCUUGACCAGUCCAAGAGUUCAUCUAUUAUUCCUGAACCACCUUCAUCCCCAAGCCUCAUUUCACUGCCAGAUGAAGAAGAUGAGUUAACUCCUUCACUAGGAUUGGAGAACGAUGAUUUGGUAAUUGUUGCUUAUACAUUCCUUAAGUAGUCUCUAAUGGGGAAUGGCCAACUGACGGCUUAACCCUUUAAACCCUAAGGUCAAAAUUUGAAUUCUCAUUUGUUGCCCCUAUUUGUUUCCUACAGAAGUAGUGGGGAGAAGUUGAUAAAAUAUCAAUAUUAAUAGAGGUGAAGCCAAUAAACCAAAUCGUUGGGACCUCAGAAAAGGAAACCGUUACCUCUUAAAAAAGGCCCCUUCAUACACGUACAGUUAAACCUGUAUUUAGUGAACCUGUUAAAAACUUCCACCCUCAAAGUUGAUCACAGAGAUGUUGUGAUUCAGUUUUGUCCAUGGUUUAAGUAUUUUUUUUUUCUUUGUUUCAAACUCGUUAUCAUACACUACUUUUAACCCAAAAAUAAUGGAAAAGGAUAAAAAUAGAACCACAACACAGACAUGAAAAAAUGUCUAAUAAUUUGAGUAAUCGAAAAAAGACUCUGAGGCAAUUUUUUGAUCCCUUAGGACUGUAAAGAUGAGGAUUCCAGAGAUCUAAAUAUUAUUCCAGAAAGGUAUUGUUUUAUAACAUGAUCAGGGUGCAAAGAAAAUCAGUUUUACAGCUUGCCAUUCGGGCAAGCUGAAGCUAGCACUUACUAGCCCAGAUGUCAUUUCAACUAGCCCCAAAAACUUUUUGUUCUUCUGUUAUCCGAACUCCUCAUAAAACAUCACUUGCCCGUUGGGCAAGUUAAAAACAGAAUUCACUAGCCCGAUAGCAAAAUCCACUAGCCCCGGGCUAUCGGACACUACUUUCUUUGCACGGUGAUGAUAUAGCUGUGUAAGUUGAUGUUUGAAAUAUUUAUUAAGCCCGUUUGUGGGUCAAUCCAGAUUGUCCCGGCGGGCGGCAACAAAGGGGCGGGAGGUUUUGGAUGGGGAUUCAAAGUCCUACCUUACGUCCUCGCCGUGACCCCUGGGCAAUGCCGAAGAGGGCUCAGUCGCUAACUGGGUCUUCUGAUGCCGCUAACAAGACAAUAAUGCCACAACUGAGGGCCAAUCUCCCCUUUUGCGUAACAUUGGAUUACGACAGCAGAAAUCUUAAUUUAAAUGCAUGUGGCUAACCUAGGUUAACCUUUAGGCAGUGCUGCAGUGAUUUCUGGGUACCUCUAAGCCCAGUCAAAUCAGGCAAAUCUCAAAUCCACAGACAAAUUAUUACCAUUGCUGUUUGCAGCUUAGUUGUCUCAGACAAAAUUGUAGCAUUCCAUACAUUUAGCAGUACUCAUGCUAACAUCACCACUGAUGUCAAUGUGCCAAUCAGAAGAACAAUGAUUCUUGAAACAAGAUUCAGUUGUUUUAUGCGUUACACAUUUGAAUAAUGAAUUAAUUUAAAACAAUGUUUGUAAACAGUGAGUAUCACUAAUUCUGGUGUUCAGUCUUCUGAGUUUCACAGUAAAAAGCCUCUGCAACAGUAAAUACAGUCAACUCUCUCUAAGACGGACACCUUUGGGACCGGCACUAGCUGUCCGUCUUAGAGAGAUGUCUGUCUUAUAGAGAGUCAAAUAGAGGGAGGAAAGAAAGGCAGGGACCAACUCUAAGUGUCCAUUUUACAGAGGUGUCCAUCUUAUAGAGGUGUCCGAUAAGAGAGAGUCGACUGUAUACAAAAAAAGAUGGAACACGUCCAGAAUUCAUUCCUCUUUCUCCAAAAUAAUAUGCAAAGUCUGACUCUAUCUUUCCUCCUGCUUGACUUUCAGCCCUGUUAUAAAAGUAGGAAGAGCUGAGGAUGCAAACGUUAACACGCACACUGCGGCAAGUGACAGUGAUGAGGAGUUCCAGCUUCAUGCAUCAGUUAGCAGCAAAAGAAUAAAGUCGAACUUAUUCUGA